AUGGGGGGCGAGGAGGGCGGUGGCGCGUUUGCCUUCAACUUCUUCGCCGCGCAGACGGGGGCCGUGGCUGCUGUGGCGGUGGCGGCGCGGGGUGGCAGCGCCAGCAGCGAGGGCGCCGACGCUGACGCGCUCGAGGCCGCCGCGGAGGCGCGUGCGGCCCUGGUCGCAGAGGCGGAGGCCGAGUGCAUACUGCACGGCCCGCACGGCGGCGCCGCGCAGCGCGGUGGGCAGGCGGACUGGGCAUGCUUUGAGGGCGCGGAGGAGGUGGAGGCGCCGGCGCAGCGGAGAGCCAGCGAGGACCUGGCAGCGGCGGAGACCCUCAGCGAAAUCCAGAUCCCGGGGACAGACAUACGGCUGCACAAGUGCGCUGUCACCAGCGACGCCGCGGCUGCGCUGUUGGGAGAGACCCAGCUCCAGGAGAGCGACCUGGUGCCCGGAAAAUACGAGGGGGGCUUCAAGCUGUGGGAGGGGGCGGUGGACCUGGCGGCCUACAUCGCGCGGGAGCACAAGCUGUUGGCCGCUGACGUCAUCACGGGGACCCCGGCGGAAAGCGGCCUGGACCGCCUGCGGGUCCUGGAGCUGGGCUGCGGCCACGGCCUGCCGGGCGUGCUGUGCCUGCUGGCGGGGUCCGAGGUGCACUUCCAGGACUACAACCGGGAGGUGCUGACAUCACUCACGGCGCCCAACGUGGCGGCCAACCUGGCGCGGCUGCCGCGCGGCGCUGUGCGGCCACGGGCGAGGUACUUCGCGGGUGACUGGCUGGCCGUGGGCAGCCUGCUGUCUACCAAGGGCCUGGACGCCUCUUAUGAUCUCGUGCUCACCGCUGAGACCAUUUACAGCCCACACGGCGCCAGCCGGCUGCUGGAGUGCAUCAAGCAGGUCCUCCGGCCGCCCCACGGCGUCGCGCUCGUCGCCGCCAAGAGCCACUACUUCGGCGUCGGCGGCGGCACCGCCGGCUUCGCCGCGGCGGUCGCGGCCGACGGCACGCUGGAAGUCGAGCGUGUGUGGGUGGUGGAGGACGGGGCCAGCAACAAGCGGGAGAUCCUCAAACUCGCGUUCCCGGCCUCCAUCGUGCCGUACUUCAUGUGA